AGACUGCUGGAUGCUCUGAUGCCUCUGGCACUUAAGCAGAGAAGAAGUCUCCAAUUAAGCAGAGAAGUCGUCUCCGAUUAAGCUUGCUCGAUUCCAUGUGCUGCAGUGGGGACAGCGUUACCGUAUUAUCUCUUCAGCCUAGGCAGACAGGGUAGUCCAGGAUCACCAGCCUGGAGCCUUCCCAAAUUUAUUCAGCCAGUGUUGAGGACAGCUAGCUCCAUACCACGACUCUUUGUGCCGUGCUAUUAAUGAAGGAACUUCUCGUCUUCUGGGCCCUGUGCUCCCUAGUGGGUAAGUAACCAACCUUUGACUCCUCUUUAUUAAAGCCUCUCUUCAUGAUCUCUGAAUCUCUUUAAGCUGUAGCGAGAGUUUACCAAGCAGGCAAACGUGAUCUCCAUGGUCGGUUCUUGCUCCCAUUACCUUUGUUUUGAGCUUACGCCCUGGAGUGGCAUCGUCAUAGCUUCACUUGUUUCAACUGUCAAGCAGGUUGAACAGCGUUCAUCUAUGGCAACUGGGGUCAGUGGCAGACCUGGGGUCUCAAAAUUCAGCAGUGCCUUGUGUGACGCCAAAAUUCAGCACCCCCCCACCUCUUGCCUUCCAUUAUGCAGCCUAGUUGCAGCAUCUCCUGCUGCGUCCCCCAGGCUCUGCGACCAAGCAAGUCGCACUCCCCUCUAUCUGCCUCUGACUGGAGCUGCCUAUCUUAUUUCUCUCUCACACUCCUUUCAUUUUCUUUAUUUCUAUUGUGCUUUUCUCUUCUUUUCUAUUCCUAAUUUUAUUGUAUUAUGGAAAUUUUUAAAAUAAAAUAAUCUUACUAAUCUUAACUUUAUACGGGUUUGAAGGUACGGUAUGUACUAAGCCUAAGAUUUCAGUCCCAAAGAGGGAAGUCUUCCUCUCAACAGACAGGUGGUCUCCAACCUAUCUGGGGUGGCGGACGGGAAGCAAAACAGAAAGCUGAAAUGAAAUCAAAGUAUUUCUUAGGUCUUUUCACUACACAGUCAAAGCAGGAGUGUCCAAGCUGGGAGUUGCGAAGAGUUGUUUUUCCUUUGAAUAGGGAGGGAUGUGGGCUAGACUCUAAUUCUCAUCCUUAUUGCAAUUUGCUGCUUGUGAGACUCUGACGGUGUACACAACACACUUUUAAAGCACACACACAACCGAGAAUCCGGUAAUAGAAGCUGGACUUGUUGAGAGAGUGGGCUUUGAAGAGGUCCUCUUGCCCAUGGGAACUGCAAAACCUGGAGCCAACACCAGGGAUGCCAAUUUGAAUAAAUUAUUUGGGGUAAGUCCUGCCCCACAUAAUCGAUCACAAGACACAGUACGCGCACACCAUUAGAAUGGCAAUGCCCAUCAACUUUGGGGGCCCCAGACCCCUAGGAAUUGACUCCUACAGCCUACAGCCAACACCCAACACGGCAGUUUGCAUCGCUGCCAUGAGGCGAGGCUAAUGAGGUAGGGGAAAUCCCAGCUGCAUAUUUUUUACUUCUACAAUUCUAAAAAACAAUUGUAAACCUUUUAAACAAUGUGGGUCUGUAUUUCCUGAUCACUGUUGCCAAAACACCGCUCAGCUGAGAAUGCUUGACAGGUUUAAGGCAAUAGCUGGCUCCCCACCUGAAACCGUUGUUUGUUUGUUUGUGGGGCCGGAGAGCCCAUUUCAGCCCAAGGCAGCCUUUUGAAGGGCUACAUGCAAAUGGUGGGCGGGGCUAGAGGCAAAAGUGAGCAAAGCAAUGAGUGUAAAUGCUACCUUUGUACAGCAAGCUAGUUUCUACACACAUAUCUCUCCCUAUACUCCACCUACUCCAAGGAAACUUUCCAGUGAGGCAAAAACCCUCAAAGAAGGGGCAAAGCAAGGCCUGAGAGCACCAGGUAAAGAGGUAUGGAGUCCCCACAGGCCUGAGUUUUAUUGCAUUUCUGCACCACCCUUCCCACCUACAGAAUCCCAGAGCAAUAUACAGCAACAAUGCAACAAAAAGCAGCAAGUAAAAUUCUCUAAAACAGGGGUUCUCAAACUGAGGGAAAUUUCGAUCGGGUUCACACUCUGCAUUCAUUCUGUGCUCCCACUGCUGGUUUGGAAAGUGGUGCACACAUGACAUUAGCCACAAACAUUAAGGUGGAUGAUAAAUGUUAUCAUUAGCCAUAUCUAUCCUGUCAUUUCUUAUGAAAUACUGUAUGGGGGAAAAUAGAGAUGGGGGAUAAAUUUGAUUCAGUUCACAUUGAUAACUGAUUCUAUGAAAUUUGCAUUUUCCUAAAACAAUAUGAGAACUAAAACAGGGUAGUUCGUGGAAAUUCGCAAAUAUCAGAAUUUUGCAAUACAGUUUUCCAAUCACAGAUGGUUUAUAAAGAUAUAUUAAGGGAAACUUUGCAAAAAAAAUCAAUAUAUUAGUUAAAAUAAUAUACUAGGUGCAUUAUAUUGUGAGGAAUAUAUUGUUAGUCAAAACUGCAUGCAAAAAUAUAUCUAUUUGCAGAAUUACUCACAAAUAUACUGGAGAAUUUUCAUGCGGAUUUUUGACAAAAAUAUAUAUAUAUAUCCACCAGUUGUUGAAAAAAUGUAGAGAACUGUAUUUAAAUUUUGAGAAAUGAGAAAUUGAGAGAGCCAAAAUGGAUUGAUCCUUCCACCCCUUGUUUCAAUGUGUCGUUGUCCCUACCACCACCACGUGCAACCAGCUUCAGUCUGAAUUGAGAAAAAGAAUGACCCUAGCUGCCUUUUAAGUUGGUAAGAUAUACACAGCCUAAGUACAGAGACUGCACGUUCUACGGUUAACCUCUAAUAAUCUUUUUCUCUCUCUUCAUUGUAGGGAAUUCGCUAGCAGAGAGAUCACCACUCAUUCAACAACCAAUCUUUUCGUCCACAAACUUUGAAAAUAUCUUCACUUGGAAGAGCUGGGGGGAGCCACUUCCAGGCACGGUGUACGAUGUGCAGUAUAAGAAGUAAGAGGACUAUUCCUUCUCCUUACUUGGUGUGACUGUUAUUCUUUGAACCCACAGAUAUCUCAGAUAGGGAGAAAUAUACUUUGCUGUGGGAAUAGCAUUGUGUCAGGUCCAGGGAAGAAACAGACCCCCAGGUCCAGCCCAAGACAUUUUGCUGCCCGAGGCAACAGGCAAGAUUAUGUGUCCUCCCCAUUCUAGAAACAGAAGCCAACUGGACUUUUCAGUACUGUCUAUAGGACAGUGUCCUAUGCCACAUUUGAUGGCAGCAAGUACAUAUGGAGAAACACAGCUCUGUCCUGUAAGAGAAGGGAACAGUUGGGCGGGGCUUAGAAGGGAACACCCCCAAUAUCUACCAUAUGGAACACUCCCAGUAUCUACCAUCUGAUAUGAUAAACUUAUUCUGCCUAAUGGUUGAGGCGGCUCUGGAUACGGCCAUAUUUUGAGGCUGUUGUAUAGCUUUAGGUUCUCACUAAUGGGCGCUGACAGUCCCAGUUAUUACAUUUAUAAGGAGCUCAAUGUGAUCCUCCUAUCCAUUUUAUCUGCAAAAUAGGCAUGUUAGGCUGAAAGGCUGUAACUGGCCCAAGUUCACACAGAGAGCUUGAUAACUGAGUCACUGGCGGAGGAAGAGGAGUGUGGGGGGGGAGCGCACUGCCCCUGGCAGCGCAAUCCCAGCAGGGUGCCAUCGCAGCUGCCUCACCCACCCACGCAGAGCACCAUGCCCCUGUAGGUAGUGUGCGCCCAGGAUGCGCACCAGCCCGCCCCCACCUGCUCUCCGCCCCACAGUGCUGGAGCACAAAACUCUGCCACUGAACUGAGUAUGGGUGUGGACCCCUGUCUCCAGCGCUCCAACCACUGCACCACACUGGUUGCCUUGUGCCAGUAUCACAAUGUGAAUACUCCCAGUGCAAGGAAUUCAGGUCACACCGACAUGGCAGGGUGCAGAAAUAGUUUUGCCAUUUGGAAUGCAACUGGCAAAUGAUAGGCAGCCUUGAGGAGCUGCAGUGCCACUGUAGCUGUGGGAGGAACUGGUGCUGCUUGCAAGACUUGCUUGCUUCCCCUUGCUCAGCAUGAGUGAGAGUAAGGAAACACAGAAGUACACACAUUCACCAAUCUGUUUUCCAUGGAUUUAUGCAUGGUGUUUGGUGGUCCUGACAAAGGACUCAGCUACAUUAGAGAACCAACAGUGUUUUAAAUGUGUUAUAAAUGCUGCUGUAGAGCAAAAAACUUUGUCUAUGCGAUUUUACAUAGAGUUUUUUCUUUUGUUAUAAUGACUGAAUUCAUGGCUUAUUUAUAGCGUUUCCUCCCCUGUGUGUAGAUUCAGCCCCAGUCAAGUGCUCUUGCAUACAGCACUUGGGCAUUCUCCGUUUUGUUGGUUUGUUAAAACCCAACUAAUUCUACACUAUAUUUCUGCAAUAUAUAUAUACCGAACAGUGGUACCUUGCUUUACAACCAUAAUCCAUUCUGCAGGUCUGUUUGUAAACCAAAACAAGGUUGUAACCCAAGGUGCGCUUUUGCCAAUGAGGCAUCAAAAAAUUUUUUGUUCGUAAUACAAAAACAACAGGUUGUAAUAAUAAUAAUAACAAGGUUGCAAACCGGGACACGCACUUCCAGGUUUGAUGUGUUUGUAAACCAAAACGUAUGCAGACCAAGGUACCACUGUACUACAUUUCUGCAACAUAAUUGUAUAAGUAUUAAUGCAAAGUACCCUUUUAUACACAUUGUUGUAUGUAUCUGUUUAUGUGCUGGUAACUUUAGGAAACUUGGGGUUUACAUAUGUGUGCAUAAAACACAUAUUAUAAUAAUGCAUAAAAUAUGCAAGAAUUAUUCCUAUUCUGGCAGAACAGAUAAAAAAAGAGCUCUCUUUUCAUCAUGCAUGCCCAUGAUACAGUCCACUUCAUGCUGUUGCACAAGUAGACCCAAUCUGAAUGUUUUCCAAUAACUGUAAAAUGAGCAAAGACAUAUCUAACUCAGAUGACUGGGUAGGGGUGUCGUGUAAACAAAUCCUCUUGAUGACAGCUUUCACCCAAUUUGCUUCCAUCACAUUGCUGAGAUAGCUGAUGUCUCCCUGAACUGCAUCGUACUUUAGAUUUUCCUCUGUUGCACAAGCUGGAGAACUUGGCACCCAGACACUUUCCUCCUUUGAUCUUUCCAGUAAACAUAACCCUUUGGUUGCAAUCCAUAGAUGGGUUAUGAAAUUCUCAUUAAACCUUAAUAUCUAAAUUGAAUAUUCAUUGUAGCAAUUAAGCUAAAGAGCGGAGGGGAAAAAAUAUGCAGAUAAAUUACACCACUGCCUGCUUUCGAGAUGCAAAACAAGGAGACAAAGAGAUACCUGGAUUUGAUUUGAAGGGCACCAGAUAGCUUGAGAGCUACAUACACACAUACACACGCACACUUUCAGGGAACACCCACCAAGACAUAAUGAAUGGAUGACUGAUGAAGAGAUUGGCGACGAUGAAAACAUAUUUAUGGCUUUCACAGUAAGUGACAUCAUCUCUUUAAAAACUUGCCCUACAAGCGUAUUUACCCACAAAGCCUUUCGCAAACUUGGUAGCAGACAGUUGCAGUAAGUCUUGUCAUCUUUCUGUUCUGUCAACCCAUGAGAUUGCUGGCCGAAAGUCUGGAGGAGGAGGAGGAGGAGGAGGAGGAGUUGGGUUAUUCCUCUAAUCCUGCUUUGCUAAAGCUGCAGUCCAAAUCCUAAUAACACAGAAGUAAACACUGAACCCAGCAGGACUUAAUUGUAAGCAGACAUGAUUAGGAUUGCACUGUAGGGUGGUGGCUUUUUUAAAAAACUCCUCACCUGAAACCUUGUUUGCUGACAAAGCCUUUUGGAAAGUUGGGAGGAGGUUACAGUCAGUGCAUCUCCGGCCUAUAGGGACACCUGGUCUCCUCUUAACUGGAGCUUUGUUUUGCUCGCAGGGGCUUUUAGAAAGUUGGGAGGAGGAGGAAUUCGAUUCAGUUCUCAUUUUAAAGUGAAACUGCCCAAUUUGCACUUUCAAAAAACAGUAUGAGAACCAAAACCCAUCCAGCCAUCCACUGAAAUCCGUAUUUCUCCCAAUCUUGCAACAAUGUUUGCAAAAAUGCAUUAUGUUAGGGGAAAGAGUGCAUAAAAACACAUAUAUUUAUGAAAAUAACAUAUAAAUGUGUGUUAUAUUGGGGAGAAUUGCUCACAGAAAUGAGUCCGUUAAUCAAAACCGCACACAAACAUGUUUGUUGGGAGAAAUUUGCACUAAAAUCCUGACAACUUUUCAUGGCGAAAAAUUGUAAAUCGCUGCAGCAAUGUAGAGAACUGAAUCAAAGACUGGGAAAAUUAGAAACUGAGUUCCAUCCCUCCAUCCCUACCAUCAGGUCAAAUAUGGCGGGCAAGGUAUACUACAUGGCAACUUAGUGUCAGCGUAGCCAGCAUGGUGCCCUCCAGAUGUUGCAGCCAGCAUGCCCAAUAGCCAAGGAUAAUGGGAGUUGUAAUCCAAAGACUCUGUUGGCUGCCUCUGCCUUAGUGAAGCACCCACCCCUUUGCCCAGGCCUUGUGCCUGCUGCGACGGUAAAUAAAUGCACUUGGUGCCAUCACUGCAUUGUUUUCACUGUGCACUGAAGACAAACCACUCUACCCUGGCCCUCUGACAUAUAUAUUUUAGGACCUACUCAAUUUCCCUUUCUAUUUUUCCAUAUACAGUGGUACCUCGGGUUAAGUACUUAAUUUGUUCCGGAGGUCCGUACUUAACCUCAAACUGUUCUUAACCUGAAGCACCACUUUAGCUAAUGGGGCCUCCUGCUGCCACCGCGCCACCAGAACCCAAUUUCUGUUCUUAUCCUGAAGCAAAGUUCUUAACCUGAAGCACUAUUUCUAGGUUAGCGGAGUGUAUAACCUGAAGCGUAUGUAACCUGAAGCGUAUGUAACCCGAGGUACCACUGUACUUUUCUGGCAUUUUCUUUGAUGUAAAUACUUUUAACCGGUUUUAAUGUCAUUGGGUUUUUUUGUUUUUUGUGCUGCUGCAACCCAGCCUGGGACUCUGCAGCAAAGGGCAGAAAGGAAACUUGAUAGCCGAAUAACUAAAAUGGUGACAAGCUGGCACCCCAAGAGAGAGAGCCUUCCCCGUUCUACAUAUUUGGCAUGCCUCAUUCAAGGGAGGAAUAUGAGAGGAGCCACUCCUCCUGCGCCAACGAUGAUGAAACAAACAAAAUGAUGGGCUAUUAUGAUGGGUGGAGGCUGUCUGGAAGGAGGGCCUGCACAGAGGUGCCAUGUGUCCUUUUUUGUAUUCUUGCAUUGCACCCCAUCCAUGAGAUUCCUACUGACAAAGGCCACCAGCUACCAGAGUGGUGGGGAAGUAUGCUCUUCUUCCUCAUAUUAUUGUCAUUAUUUAUUCAGUUUAUGGCCAACGCUUCCUCCCAAAGGAGCCCAGGGCAGCAAUGGAUGGCAACCAGCCAUCUGAAAGUAAGGCAGUGGCUCAAUGCAUGCAGAAACAGGUACAAUCCCUGACAUCUCCAGACUGCGCCUAGAGAGACCUCGGUCUGAAUUUCAGGACAGCUGAUGCCAGUGAGUGUAGGCGAUACUGAACUAGAUGGACCCAAGGUCUGAUUCAGUGUAACAUGACACCCUCUGCUCUUUUCAUCCAGUGCUUUACCAACUGCACUGGCUCCCAGUGGAGUACAAGGUGCUGGUUUUGACCUUUGAAGCCCUCUGCAGCCUAGGACCCAUGUACCUAUGGGACCGCCUCUCCUGGUAUUCCCUGCAAAGGACCUUAAGGUCCACAAAUGACAACAUUUUGGAGGUCCCAGGUCAUAAGGUGGUUAGAUUGGUCUCAACUAGGGCCAGGGCCUUUUCAGUACUGGCCCCGACUUGGUGGAACACUCUGUUACAAGAGACUAGGGCCCUGUGGGACUUGACAUCUUUCCGCAGGACCUGCAAGACAGAGCUGUUCUGCCUGGCCUUUGGUUUGGACUCAGUCUGACCCUUAUGUUUCCCUCCCUUUAUGGUUUUGAUUUAUGGGCUACUUUUAAAAUGAGGCUGCAUUUUACAUUGCAUUUUAACCUGUAUUUUAAAUUGGGCCCCCCCCCAUUACGUUUUUACUGCAAUUUUACUGGUGUUAGCCGCCCUGAGCCCGACUCUGGCCGGGGAGGGCAGGGUAUAAAUAAAAGUUAUUAUUAUUAUUAUUAGUAGUAGUAUUUUCCACUUAUGCAGGAAAAAGUAAUAGAGUCUUCUUAAGGACACCAUUGGGCUGAGGGUGAAACCUGCCUUCUGACCUUAGUGGCGCACAUUGUGUGAUAUGAUCUGCACUAACUCCAUCCACUGUGUCCCAGGUGGCAGCCUGUUUGACCCCUAAAGUAUCUGUCAUAUGCCACCUUAGCAUUGUUUAAAAAGGAAGCUUUUUAAAAGCAAAAUUGUCCUAGAGAUUGGAGGUGGGAGCUGCCUUGGUGAUGUUAAAGGCGCUGGCCAAUCGGUGCUGUGCAGUGCUCAGUUCUGCUGCUUGCCAAACCAAACAGGUUCCUGAACUCAACCCUGGAGUGAAUGCAGGGCUGAAUGCAGAGAACUCACUUCCAAAUAGGCCCAACUGCUCUAAAACCCUCACAUCUUAUUUGUCUUAAGCUGGAAUCCCGGCAACAAUAGCACAGUCAGCCAAGCGGCUGGUAGCGUCGCAGCUUGCAACACACUGCUCCGUGGCAUAUCCAGGCACGUGUCUCUUUUUCACUGAUGUCUAUCUCAGACCUGAAUUGCCUUCCCUGUGGUUUAACAGUGACGUGUGCUGUCUAUGCCACUGCCUGCUGUUCUCCACCCACACAUUGCCUAAAGCAGAUGGGGAGCAGUGGUUGUGGGGGAAGGGCUGUAACUCAGAGCUAGAGCAUCUGCUUUGCAUGCAGAAGGUCCCAGGUUCAAUCCCCGGUGGCAUCUUCAGGUGAGGCUGGGAAAAACACUAGCCUGAAAUCUUGGAGAGCUAUUGCCAGUCAGCUUGGAUAAUAGAAGAGUUUGGAUUUGAUAUCCCGCUUUAUCACUACCCUAAGGAGUCUCAAAGCGGCUAACAAUCUUCUUUCCCUUCCUCCCCCACAACAAACACUCUGUGAGGUGAGUGGGGCAUAGAGACUUCAGAGAAGUGUGACUAGCCCAAGGUCACCCAGCAGCUGCAUGUGGAGGAGCGGGGAAUCGAACCCCGUUCACCAGAUUACGAGUCUACCACUCUUAACCACUACACCACACUGGCGCUCUCUGGAUAAUACGGAGCUAAAUGGGCUUUUGGCCUGACUCAGCUACCUUUGUUCAUAGGUACGGGGAUGCAUGGCAGAACAAAAGCGAGUGCCAAAACAUCACACGCCGCUCCUGCAAUCUCACGCUUGAAACGGAAAACUUCACCGAGUGCUACUACGCCAGAGUGAGAGCCACGGUCCCUAACUGUUGCGUCUCCGAAUGGGCUGAGUCCUCAAGAUUCUAUCCCCGGGAAAACAGUAAGUGGCUAAUAUUGUAAACCGGGUUGGGGAACUUCUGGCCCAGUCGUCAAAUGUCUACCAAAGCACCUGUCCCUCAAACUUCUCUCCAAACCACAAACCCUCUCCUUGAGUUGCCUUGAGUUCUACUUUAGUGGAAAAGUGGGAAACAUUGUUAAAAAGUAAACAAGAAAAUAAACGUCAACAGUUUGUAGGAUGUCUCGCCACUAUGGCACUAUGAUGGGGUAAGAUGCAUUUGUUGAAAUUCUCCCUUCCAUACAGUAGUUGAAAGCUGCAGGAGUAAGGUAAACAUGUUUCCCAAAGACAGGCCUCAUGUUUCUUUAAGAAAGCUGCCUCAUUCAGCAGGUGCAGCUAUUGCAGGUUGUGCGGUUGUUGCUGAACUACAGUUCUCAUCCCCUGUGGCCAUUGGCCGUGCUUGCUGGGGCUGAUGGGAGUUGUACUUCAGCAACAACUGGAGGGCCAAAGGUUCUGCACUCCUGUGUUUUGGUCCUCUUCACACUGCUCUGACACUCAUCACUUUCCCCAAAGAAUCUGAGAACUGUAGUUUGUUAAUGGCACUGGGCCAGUUCCCAACACCUUUAACAAACUGCAGUUCCCAGGAUUCCUGGGGGAGAAGCCGUGAGUGUUUAAAUGGUACUCUUGGGUUGGUUGGGGAAUUGUUUAGGGGGUGUUGUUGCUGUUAUUGAUUUAUUUUAGAUCUUACUAUGAUUUAUGUGUAUUUUUUUCAAUUUGGUUGUGUAUUUUUUGAUGUUUUCUUUAUGGCUGCUUUUGUUGUGCUGUAAUUAUGUAUUUUUUCAUGUUGCAAGCCGCCUUGAUCAUGGUUUGAACUGUGGAAAGGUGGCAUACAAAUAAAAUUAAGUUUAUACGUCUGAAUGUUUUAAAUACAUGGUGUAGACAUCAUGUGAGGGCCAAGGGUGCUAACAAUGAGAAGUCAGUAUUGAAGAAACUGAGCCAAUUCUUUUUAAAUGCCUCGGUUACCCAGUUCUCAAAACUACUAUCACUAAACUCUUCAGUCUUAAACAAAACCCUUUUGUUUUCUCACUCUUGCUCUCUCUCUCUCUCCAAGCCAUUAUUGGGAGUCCUGAUGUGAAAUACACACCCAGUGUUAAUUCAAUAAAGUUCUAUGUACAACCUCCUGCUACCCCUCUGAGAGACAAGGAUAACCAGAUCCUGACCGUCGUAGACAUUUUCAGUCAAAUUGGAACGACCUUUGAAUACGAAUUAACGAUACAUUGCCAAAAGACAAAGCAGGAGGUAAGGGGGGAAAACAGGUGUAUGAGAGAAAAUGGUAACUUUGGGGGAAAGUACUCAAUUCUUAUUUCUUUGACUGUUGUUGUCUGUCUCAAGAGACAAUGGAAUGCACUUCUGGGGGUGAAGUCAAACUGCUGCGUUAGCAACACCAAAGUGACCUCCCUUGGGGCACAAGCCUGAGCAUUGUGCCCAGAUGACAAAGUGUGGUCCAAAGAAAAGCAGAACAAUAUGUUUGGCGCUAGCUUGUCUGCAGGAGUUGCUGGAAGGAGGUGUACAAGGCGCCAUCCGACUGUCUCAGGGACUCCACUCUGGAUUUGUGUAGGGUUCCCUCCUUGGCCUUUUCUUCUCCCAAAGAUAUCCUGCAAGGCAGCAGAAGUUUCGGCUCAGAGUUUCCUUCUCCUAGAUGGGCUACCUUCUAACUGCAUACUUCUUGAGGGUCAGUGGAGUGUUAUUCCAUACAGAUUAAGGAUGGGAAAUAAAUUCAAUUCAGUUCUCAUUUAAAGACAAACCUACCUCAUUCACAUUUUCCAAAAUAAUAUGCAAACCAAAACACAGCCACCCUUCAAUAUUCGCACUUCUCCGAAUGUUGCAAUGCAGUUCUCCCGCCAUGUGAUUUGUCAAAAAAUGCACAUACUGAAGUGUGCAUAAAAAUACAUAUAUUGGUGAAAAUAACAUACAAAUGUGCAUUAUGUUAGGGGAAAUUGCUUUGCCAAAAUGUGUGGAUUAGGCAAAACGCAUACAAAGAUGUGUGGAUUAGGAGUAAUUUGCACUGAAACAUUUGUGAAUUUUCAAAGGGCGUUUUUUAAAGAAUUUCAAACUUAUGUGGAAACAUGGAGAACUGAACUUCAGAUUGGAGAAAUGAGGAACUGAGGGUAACCAAAAGUUUCAGCUUCAGUCUUUAGCUCUCUCUGUGUUGUUAUACAUAUUCAUGCGGAAACACCCUUGUUUUAUGAAGUGUCAGGACUAAGUUUCAUGUUAUGCUCACUUCACAGCAUGCAGCUACAUCCUCUGUUUUUCCUGAGUGAAUCAGAGGUGCAAGGAUCCCUGAUGGUCUGGAGAGGGCAGGUUUAUCCCCAGCUGCCACCAGGAGUGGAAAUCAGGGGAUUGAAAACAGAAGACACAACUAUAUACUACACAUUAAGCAUAACAUACAGUUUGGCCCUUAGUGGAGCUUUGAAAGUAGAUAACACAAAGUACCACUUUCCCUACUUAAAAUAUAAAUCUCUCUCUCUCUCUUUCUCUCUAGUGGGUCAAAGUUAACAACAACAAUGAAUUUGAAAUCUCUGACUUGUAUCCCAACACCGAAUACAAUGGAACAAUACACAUAAGAUAUUCAGACAAAAUCAGCAAGCCUUAUGUUUUUCGGGCAAAAACAUUAUCAGGUGAGACAUUGUUAUGAAAUGCUGCCAGAUCUUAAAUACUGAAAACCUUAGAGAUGAAGCAGUCACCACAGGCAAUUUUCCCAUUGUGAACCUUGUGGCACAACUUGCAUCACAAAUGAAUGUACCAAUCCCCAGUCUUGCCUGCCACAAAUGAAUCUAUGGAGCUCUUUGUCCUCCCCCCCCAUCUCAGUGUAUUUAUUUAUUUUACACAGGUACAUAUACCUUUCCAUGAAUGUGAGUUAAGCCCUUAUCUUAACAACAAGAAAACCACAAAUAUUUUGCAAACAAUGAAACACUGCUUGAGGGAUUUGGAAUGGGUUGGUGAUGUCGCAAGUGCUAACCAAGAGGCAUUAAACAAGAGACACCCUUCACAGCAGGGUGACUAAAUUACACCGGGCUGAAAUCCUGCAGGAGACAAACCCUGUUCCACCACAAGAAACGGGGGACACCAGGAGCAGGAAGCAGAUUCCAUCUCACAAAUGUUGAGACCUGUUACCUGCCCUCAUAUAAAUAAAGAGUUAUGCUUCAUUUCUGUGGGAAAGUGUUACACUUGUGGACACCACAGUAAACUGCCCCUGGUGCUCCAGGUUCUUUGAGUGUGUACAGAGGCCCUCUGGGCAUCUUUGCCAUUCAUAGACUUUCUUUCUGCUCUCCACAAUAAGGGCAUUUUGCUAGUUCAAAAAGUAAAGGGCCACAUAGCUCAAUGGUAGAGCACCUUCUUUGAAUGCAGAAGGUCUCGUGUUUCACCCCCAGCAUCUCCUAGUAAGGCUGUGAAAGACCCCUGUCCGAAGCUCUGGAGAGGCGCUACCAGCCAGUGUAGACAAUACUAAGAUAGAUGGACCAAUGUUCUGACUAAGGCAGCUUCCUUUGUCCCUAUGGACAUUCAUCGCUUCCCUGUACUUCGGCUUUAUAAAAGCUCAGACCAGUCCUAUGAACUCUUGAGCCAGAAUGACUAGACGAUGCAUGCCAUCUGUUCCUGCCCUCUCAACUCUCCUGGUCUUGCUAUCUUUAACGGUUUGUUUUCUCUCUCCAGAUACCACCUGGUUUGCAUAUUUGUUCGCGGUAGCUCUGUUUGCGGCAUUGUUGAUCUUUGGAACAAUAUAUUACUUCAUUUACAAGUAUAUUAAACAGCACACCGCACAGCAACCCACGUCUUUGGUAUGUACUGUACCUCCCCCCCCCCCCGCUUUAUGGAAGGUUGUUGGAUUUUUUAUUAAUGAGCCUGGACUUUUAAUUGCUGGGUAUUGUUCAUACAUAAAAGAGUAGCGCCUUGAAGGGCAAGGAGAAGGCUGUAGCCCCCACCCAGGAAUGCUGGAGAAAUUGCUGCACUGCCUGGGUUCCUAAUAGUUUGAUUUCUCUUUUAGGAAUUUCUUUGCAAGUGGAGAGACUUGGUGGAAUGGUUACUCUUGUAAACAAAACAUGGCAGUUCUUGGUGUUUACUAACCAGGAGUUCCCAUAUUUUGGCUUGGCUUAGUAGCCACCUGUGAUUUUUGUGGUCGCCAUUAAUUUCUCUCAACCCCUCAAGCUCUUUGGCUUACACAGAGAACUCAGGAGGAGAGAUGGGAUCAUUUUGAAGUGGGCUUUGGAUAAAAUAGAAGCAGUGCUUUCUACAAAGCCCAUUAUGAAAGGGGAUAAGAACCCUAAAUUCAUGGAAGGUUCCCUGAGGGCAAAGCUGAUUCUCACCCUGAAGUGAAAAACCUUUUCCUCUUAGAGGAAGGAACAUAAUUUAGUGGUAGAGCCUCUGCUUUGCGUGCAGAAGAUGCCAGGUUCAAUCCCUGGCUUCUCCAGGUAGCAGUGGGAAGGACCCCUGCCUGAAAUCCUGGUAAGCUGCUGCCCAUCACUGUAGCCUGUCACAUUUGACCUCAGGCCCAGGUGCCAACUGUGGCCCUCAAGUCCUCUCUGUCUGGCCCUCAAAACUCUUCACAGGCCACACCCCCUCUGACCAGGCCACAGCCCUCACUUGACCUGCUUCACAUACUCCUUGAAUGUUUUUGCCCGGCUGGGAUGUGACCUUGAACUCUGGUAAUGUCUUGUGCCUGCCUGGAUGGAAGUUAAAGAGGAGUAUGUGAGUGUCUGUAGAAAUUAGUAUACAAAAGUGAAAUUUGCAUUCAUUGCUCCACCCACUUUUGCCUCUGACCCUGCCCACCAUUGGCAUGUGGCCCUUGGAAGCUUGCCCAGAAGAGAAUGUGGCCCUCAGGCUGAUAGAGGUUCCCCUUACCCUUGCUGUAGUCAAUACUGACCUAGAUGAACCAAUAGCCUGACUUGGUAUAAGGCAACUUCCUGUGUUCCAUGCUGGCCCCACGGCAGAGAGUGAACUUGAUUGCUUAAUGGUGGGGACUUCCUGCUUCACCACUCGGUCCUUCCACCACUCUGCUUCAUUAUCUCUCUAGCUGCCUACGUUUAUGCUGAUCCUUAUCUCUGGCAACUAAAUUUAAUCCUUCUUCCCUGAUAGGAUUUCAAGGAUAUUUUACGCUCCCAACCUCUCGUGCCGAGAGUGGAACAUAUUCUGAACCCCUAUGAAUCAUGCAAGCCUGUCCAACUUACUAUAGAGAAGCACCAGGCACAGAUCACCCAACAUCAGGGAGUAUUCAGCCUGACCGAAACAGCUUACCAGAAACAGGCCAACGCACCACUGUUCCAGACCAUUGCUCAGCAUGUAGGUUAUACACCACAAAUGGCCAAGAACAACCCACCAUGCACACAAGGUCCUUCGCCUUUAACGUAUGGAGUGUGUUUUGAAGGCACCAGCUGUACCAAAGCGAAUUCUUCAGCAAAUCAAGUGAGGAAGCUCGAUUCUUUAGCUGAGGGCUCCUUGAGCAGCGGGCAUUAUAAAGCACAGCCGCCAGAACAGAUCAAAAGAGAAUUGUGGGGAAACAAGCCCCAACAGAUGCCGGUGCCUGUGUUGGGAGAUGCAGAGCGAACUCAAUGUCUGCUGCUUCAGGAAGACAUGCAAGAUAUGCCACAGCUGCUUCCACCCCUUCUGGAAGAGAGCGUACCUGCCACAAGAGGCAACAAGACAGGGAGCUACAGAGAGCAGCCUGCAGAAUUGCAACCAUCUGCGGUGGAAUUCGACCAAAAUGCCAUCUCAGAUGGCAAUCUUCUGUCAAGCGUGCCACCAUCCUUGUUUUCACAUCGCACCUGCAGCAGCCUCAUUCAAGAUCAGAACCCUGGGCAGUGGGUGGCCUGGGAUUUGACAGCCUGGACGAAUCCCCAGCAUCAGCCUUUGGGACUCCCUGUAUUGGACUGCAUAACUCAAGAGAGCAAGGGGUUGGAAAACAAGCCUGGGUUCCUUGGUACAAACCCAGAUACCUUAGACUCUGCCCACAGCAAUGGGCUCUUCACAAGCCUGUUCAGAGACUUGGAGCUGAAGGUGCAGUGGGAUCAGGCGUCUGAGGAAUAAUGGUUAACGCAUCCAGCAACUGAGGAAUGGAGCGAGGGGAGGCGAUAACACAAGGGAGGUGGAAAUGUCUCCCUCCAAAAUAGAGUUGAAAGGAAAUGUCUUUUCCCAGCUGUUCAUGAAUCCUCUUUGUGAAUCACACUUCAGCCCAUUAAAGGAAAACUAAAUGUGGUUGAUAGGUACCCUGCCAACUGGGUGGGUACUGCUGGCAUGAUUAUUCCCAGGUGAUUCUGUCCCUCACACAUUGCUGGUUAGCUUGCACAAGGAAUCCUGACAGUGCUGGUCCUAUCUUGUGGCAGAUACCCCAAACUUGAGUUGCCGGCUGAUAGGGUGUGGGAGGAAACACACCGAUUGGCCUGCCUUUGUGUUAAUUACAGUUUUGCCUGCAAGUCGGGAGGCGACCCUUUACAUGGCCUGGCGACAAGAACGACCACCUGCUCAUGUCAGCAAAAGAAGCUGCUGCUGUUGAGCAGGAACCACCAGUGUGGCGCCCGUGGGCACCAGGGUGCCCGUGAGUUCCUCUUAUGAGGCUCACGAAAGGUCUCAGUAAAUUUCCACCAAACAAAUCCACAGUGCUUGCAAGAGACUGCUUGUUAUUCUUGUUCUGUUCCUGUUUGCACUGACUUGGCCUCUCCUACAUUGCACACCGCCCUUAUAUAUGCUCACAUUUCAUUGGAUGCCAGGGCUGGACACCUUCUUGCCCUCCCAUUCUGAACAGAAGAUUGCUGCAAAGAGCUUCUCUCUGUGAGCAAGCAUGGCAGUGGCUGAUGUAGGUACCUUUUCCUCAUGGAUGACAGGACUGUUGAUGGGGUGAAUGCCUCCACCAUUUUGUGGACCCAUCUCUUUUUCUGCUCUUUUAGAUGUAAGCCAUUUUGUGGCGUGUCACAUACCCACGGCAGCCAUUUUCUGACUGGUGUCUGUUUCCUCAAAAUUCCACAUUUGCUCACUGGCUCCUAAUGGUUGGCAGCUCCUGAGUUAAAGGGACAGGAACAGAAGCAGCAGAGACAUUGAUGACUCUUCCCCAGUUCUGUAUUACUUGGGGGGGGGGGAGAAGUAUGUACUAUCUUUGUACUUUACUAAUAAAUAUUUUUAUUAUUAGUCUGACUUAUUUUCAGUCUACAGAGAGCUAAGAAUUGUAUUUAUAGUUCAAAAUAGCCUAUACCCUUUGAGAAGUCGUCUGUGUUCCAAACUUCACAGCUAACUUGAUCCUGCAAAAUGCACUGAACCAAACAACCAGGUCCAAACACAACGGAAUGUAAGGAAAGCUUUAUUAAUAAAUUGCCUGAGGCAAUGAUUCCAUAAUUCCAUGGAAGGGUGUAUACACUCAGAUGAUUAAUUUUCUGGAGCCAAGUAUAAAAACAUUAAAAGAGCUCUUAAAGGAAGGAAGAAUUACAGCCUACUAAGUUCUACUCAGGGCAGACCCAUUUAAAUCGCUCAACCUAAAUUAGCCAUGUCCAUUAAUUUUAAUGGAUCUACUCUGAGUAUUGCUAACAAUAGAUGUAGCACAAGGUAAUUUUAAGCUGUUUUAGUAUUUUAACUUUUGUAUGUUUUAAAAUGGGGUUGUAAAUAUUUCUUGAUUUUUCUGUUCUGUCUUUUGUAAACCACUUUGAGAAUUUUAUUUUUACAAUCAAGCAGUGUAUAAAUUUUUAUGAAAUAAAAAGUAAAUAAAAUACAUCAACAUUGUC